GGAGAGCGCGGGCAGCCAAGCCGCCGCGCUUCUCCCACCUCCUCGCUCCGGGCCGCGGCUGGCAGCUGCCUGGGCUCCUCCCCCCGUCGAGAAGGCGCCAAAAGCCCGGGGAGAGUCCCGUCGGGGCGGGCAGGCGAAGCGAGGGAGCCGCUUUGGCACGAGGUUCGCUCGACGGCCGCGCAUGGCGAGCUUCUCCCGGGACUGCCGCCCCCGGCGCGCCUUGGCACGCACGUCGGGCCGGGACUCCUGCGUCCAGUACGUGCCGGUGGGUAUGCCCCCUCGGAGCCUCCUGGACCAGCUGGUGGUGGACAUGCAGAACCACUUGGAGGAGAUGGAGAAGAUGCGCGUGGUGCUGGUGGACGCGUACCCGUGCCUGGCCACGCGGCGCGAAGGCCGACGGCGAAGGAGCCGCGGCAGGAAACUCGACAGGCGCUGCCUGGACGACGACGAGGACGACGACGACGGCACCAGCGACUACCUGUACUCCCUGGACGUGACCGGCUUCGAGCCCGAGGAGCUGUCGGUGAAGGUGGAAGGCAGGAAGCUGACGGUGAGCGCCAAGCACGACAAGAAAACCGAGGGGACGGACGGCUGCGUCUCGCACGAGUUCCGCGAGGUGCGCAAGGAGGUCUUGCUGCCCGGAGACGCCAACAUCGAGGCGCUGGCUUGCAACUUCUCCUCCGAGUUGGGGUGUCUCAGCAUCGAGGCGCCGCGCCUGGUCCCCAAGUCCGUCGGGGAGAGGACCAUCCCCAUCACCAUCCUCAAGGCUUCCGACGCCGGGACGGCGAAAGAGAGCCUGCCGCCGGCGGAGAAGGAGGAGAAGGAGAAGGAGAAGGAGGAGAAAUCCAAAUCCAAAUCGCGUUCUUCCAGCCCGGAGAAAGGAGCUGCCGUCUGAAAAAGUUGCCCGACAGUUCGGCACUUCCCUGCGGGGAUGCUGUGAAAGUGCUUUGCGCCUCUCUGGGGUCUCUGUUUAAGGAGCUGUUCUGCUUUUGUUCAAGUGCGUUGUUAGUUGUGCUUGUUGGUGAAAAGUAACUACACAGAAGUACAAGGAAAAGAUGAUCUGGAGGGCCUUCUGGCAACCGUUGUUGCAUGUUGACUUUUGAAACCUUUAUUCCUGCUUGCCGACGCUUUUGAAAAAUGUGAACCCAGAGAGUUGAGCAUUUAUUGGCGUGUUUGUUGGCUUGUUUCAAUAAAUUAGACUUCUAUCUGG